AUGUCGGCAGAGGGCUUAAAACAUCAGCAACGAGUAUACCUGACGAGCGCAGUACACAAGCGACGCCAGCUGCGCUGGCACCGAACACAGAGGCACACUCACAAGCGCUUCCGGGAAAAACAAGCACAGUCGAACAUGGCUUCCGCGAACUUCGGCUGGGAUCUCUUUGACAUCCUUCCCCGGCGUGACCCCCGCACCAAGGGUUGGGUGCUGGUCGGCAACAAGACCUUUCUUGUCACAGUAAUCACCGGCUACGUGUACCUAGUCAAGAUUGCCGGACCCAGGCUUAUGAAGACACGCAAGCCAUACAAUGACCUCAAGCCGUUCAUCCUCCUCUACAACCUGUCCAUGGUCAUCGCCAACGUCUACUUCGUCACCAACUUCUUAUCCAGAUCCUACCUGGGAGGUGGUUACAACAUUGUUUGCCAGGGCAUCGACUUCGAGGCUAGGGACAAGGUCACUAUGGAGUACCUGGAGCUUUGCUGGUGGUACGUCUGGGUGAGAGUUGCCGACCUCCUGGACACCGUAUUCUUUAUUCUCCGCAAGAAAGACUCCCACGUGUCUUUUCUCCAUGUUUCACACCACGCCAUAGUGGUUUUCAACUGCUGGUACGGCCUCGCCUACGGUGCAGACGGUCAGCCCGCCCUAGGAAUCUGCAUUAACAGUUUCAUACACGUCAUCAUGUACUCGUACUACUUCCUGUCUCUUCUGGGACCCAGUCUCCGACCGUACCUCUGUUGGAAGCGCCACUUGACGCAGCUUCAACUCGUACAAUUUGGCAUCAUGUUUGCUCACGACCUGAUUCCGCUUUUCGUCGACUGCGGCUACCCCAGGUUCCACAUGGCGAUUGGAAUCGCAGAGCUAAUCGUCAUUACUACCACAUUCUUGCGUUUUUAUGCGUGUGCGUAUCGCACACAGAGCGACCUCAAGGGCAAAGUUCAGUAA